CUCUUAUGGAAGCUCCAAACUCGACAAGAACGCAUUUAGUAUUUUCCUCUCAUCUUCAAUCCCAACCGCAGCUCCAAGAUAUCCUACUUUGUCAACACCAACCACACGCGACUCCGAACACGGUAUCAAUUGUAUAACACGGUUCAUUUCUGUUCGAUCUCAACGAUUAUGGACUUUUUCUUUUAUUAGUUUGCCAUUUCCCAAGCAAGUAAAAAAUUGUUUUUUUCCUUUCUUUCUAAUCAAAAGUUCAUCACGGUUUGGCCACAAAUUGAUGUACCAUCUCCACACGAAAAUAAUUUUAAUAGUUAAUUGCCACUUUUUUGUCCAUCGACGAUCAUUUUUUAUAUCAUGUCUCAUCCUGUGGUUGGUUUUGCAGACCUGCCAAAUUCCAAAUGGCCAUCCAAGAACCCAUAUCGUCAACAACCAGACUCUUCCGACAACCACAGAUCCAGAUCAACCUCACAAGAAGUCGAAUUCCCUUCUUCAUCCAGCAAGCCAACCCCGGUCAGGGCAGUGUUCCAUGAUCUGCACACUGCCCACUCUUCAAUCACAUCUGGUAAAAAGAGGACUUCAAGUGGACGACGUGCAAUCUCACACAAUCUCUUCGAGCCUGCCGAAAGAUGCGACUCAAUUCCACUACAGAAAAUAGAGAGAAAGAGAGGGACAACUGUUGAAUCAUUUCUCCAAAAUAUACCGCUCCCGCCACCUCCUGCUGCUCUCUUCGGAGGACGUUAUGGAUCAGAUACAGAAAAUUCCACUCCAGUUCCUCGGUCAAAAUCACAACGUCGCUCAUCAACGGUCAAGGGCGAACCUGGCUCCCUACUGGCCAACAUUAAGACCGCGCUUGUAACCAUAUCAUCACCCAUCACUCCAGAUACAAAAGAUGAAGAGGACAAAGCUUCGCAUUGGCCGAAAGAGAAUCCCAAUAUUCCAAAGGGAACUUUUGGAAAGAAAGCCUCGGGAUAUAUGGAGCUUCUCAAAGAAAGUGAUGAAAGAGGUCCAUCUACACCAGAAGCACGAAAACCAGGUCAUGGAGGUAAUGACGGAGACAAGUCAAGUAUUAGAUAUCAAGGAAAUGACUUUUCUAUUUACCACUCCAAACUCGGCGAAGCACCAUCGGGUUCCCUACCACCAAGCAGCAAUGAUGGGGAUAGUCUAGGCGACCUUACACGUAAGAGAUCUUACAAUCCGGCACGACAUUCUUUAUAUACACCAUAUCAAGGCGAAAUACAAUCACCUAUACGCAAGAGUUAUUCCGACACGACGCCUCAGAGACACAGUUAUGAUAUUCAAAGAGCUACUAGCACUGUUGGUAAUAUCUAUAAGCACUAUCUUCACUCGAGUGGAAGAGGGUUUGAAACCGAUAGCGAAGAAGAGGUAGACGAAGAAAGCCCUUUAAGAGGAGAUAUCGUCGCCAAAGGUUCCGAUCACCUAAAUUACUUUAAUGAAUUUGACCUAGACACGAGAUUAGACUCUGGAGAAUUAUUGCCACCAGCUCUUAAUAUAAAAAAGCAACGGAAGGUUGUUAGGGUACCCGGAGAGUCAAACGGUCAGCCACCAAACCGUAUCCUGCCUGAAAUACCUAUUCUCGCUGUGCCAGCAGUCGCUCCAAGUAUUUCUCAAGGGAUGGGCCAAGCAUCUUCCUACGGUGACACACACAAAUUGCUUGAACUCACACAAACAACAACUAAGGUUGGAUUUCGAAAAGCUUUGCUACAGAGAACUAAUGAUGUAAAUUCCGAUGGAGAUGAAUCUGAAGCAGACAUCGCUGCACAGCUGCACGUACCUUCAUUCCCAUUCGCCACACCCAAAAUCCAGCCCACGCCUAAAGUCAUAAUCUCUCCAGCAGAUGAUCCUUCAGUGUAUGGGGACGACCCUCACUGGACAGAUCCUGUUAUCUUGCGGCAGCCAUUGGAGAGAGAGGUUAGCAAAGCCCUCCGUCGUGCCAGUGGUUAUAGUGUCUAUAGCAUGGAGAGCGUAUCGACGUCAUUCACGGGUCAGAAUGAGCACCCUCGGCCUCAAAGACCUGGGUUAAAUUUCUCAAGAAAGCUCAAUGUGGAAGACACACCCCCAUCAGAUUCUGGAAGCCUUGGUACUGAGCAAAGAGAGUUUGUAGCACAGGCACAGGCGUUCUACGAUCGUGGAGCAAUUGCGCCGAACUGGGUUACUGCCCAGCAUCAAAACGUUGUGCGUAUUCCAAUUAGUCACAGCGUUAAUCUUCCCGACUCCCCUCCAGAAUCACCGUAUGAUCGACCUCAUGAAUCAUCCGAGAAACAUACCACUCCUACUGAGGCAGAAGAUUGGGAAACUGUGGCAGACAGCGCUGCGGGACCUUUUGGUCGUUCUAAGCCAAACGAACCAAUGAUGAUGGGAGGUCUUGUCAACAGAGCAGGAAGCAGCAUUGCAGAUAAUUCAGAUGAUGGCACAGAGAGUACCGAGCCUCUACACAUCGAUGAAUAUGGAUCUUCGGAACGUAUUGCACAUCACCCUGGCAAUGUUGAAUACUAUGGAGACUAUCGUCAAAGAGAUCUAAAAAGGACUCACAUUCCCGUGUUUCUACCCGUCUUUAGAGAGCACAAAGUCAAUGGCUAUCUUGCAGAUUCAAACAGAACCCGGCCACCUCAAAAUAACUACAACUACAAUCCACAACCUCUUGGUAAAGCUCAUACUAAUCCUUUCAAAUCCCCCCCGCCGAAGAUGAAGCCAUCUCGUGGUCAAAAUCAUAAUUUAUUCCCACCGUCCCUUCAUACAAGUGAGGAAAGUGCAGACUUUACAAAUUCAAAUCAAGGUCGACAAAUUUCUUCUGGUACUCAAGGACAUGUGGAUGAACGAUUGAGAUUUGAUUGGGCAGGUGACAUGGGUGAGCCAGGACUAGCAUUAGGUGGUUUUAAUGAUGAUAUGCCACCAUUGAACAAGAAGCGUUCGAGUUCAUGGCAAUAUGUGUUAGCGCUUGGCGAGAAAAUAGCCAGCCCGAAGAAAGACCCAAUGGCAACAACAUCAAAAAAUGCCACCAAACACAAGGAAAUUCAACUUGAACUGAAAACCGCCGUUAACUCGAAGCCUCAAGAUCACAAACCUUUCAUCAAAGGUCCACCAGGGGCUUUUUAUAGAGACCUUCACAUGAAUUCCAAGCAUGAACCAAGGCGGGUGAGUUUGAUUCAAGCAAACAGACCUGGUAAGGUACCCACACAAAACAAUAACACGAAAGAUUAUCCAACAAAUGCCCUUCGUCCUCUUGCACUGUUAGCAUCUACCAAUAAUGCAGCUUCAACCUGUGAGAGCCGUCCGACUGUGGAGCAACCAUCAACACCCAUUCGAGGUCAUAAUCACAGGGGUACCCAAAGUGAUAACACCAAUGAUUUCAUCUAUCGAUCCCCUCUUGCUCCUCCUAAGCGUCCAAGCUGGCAAGAUUUGUACAGUCCUCAUCAGUUGCAAGAAAUCCGAGAUGCUGCAAAAUCCGAUGGUUUUUUUGAAUCUCAACCUGUACUUGGUGAUAACGCUCGUGAUUCUCGAGGAAACACAUGGAGGCAUUUAUUCGAAAACCCGAAAUUAUCUCCUUGGUCUCAAAACCCUGCUCAUAUCAUCCUUGAGGCUCGUCGCAAGAGGAACAUCUCAAUCUUGGUAUUGAUCUUAUGUAAUCUAUUCCCUCCGAUGUUAUUGCUGUAUGCAACUGGUCGAAUGGAUGGAAUCUUAGUAUGGUGGACCGAUGGAGAUUUUUCAUCUUUUGCGCUAAAACAGAAAAGAUAUGCAUGGUUGCUUUUGGCUUGUUGGAUGUGUGCUAUUUCCAUUGGUCUUGUUGCGUUUCUGGUUAUAUUCUUUACAAAAAUACGUUAGUGGAUGUGGCAGCGAUAGGAAAGUCUGAUGUGUAGGGAAAGUAAGGAGAGGAGAAAAGCGAGUGGCUUCAGCAAUAUGACUGAAUGGUGUGAACGAUGGCUUGUUAUUAUACGUGCUCUGAAAGAUUCAGAGUUCUAGGUACAGAGUCUUGAGAGGAAAUUCUAAGGAUUUGAUAUGGACGAAUGUUCAGGUAAAUCAUGAUAAUCGAGGUCAAAUUAAGGACCCGUGGAAAUAAUUCUGGGAAAAUUUCAAAAAGUGUAUAGUGUCAAGAGUUACAACAGCAUGGAAUGAAUCAUCAAUACAAACUUUCAAUAUCACCU